CCCCGUCUUUUCCUGCUGGAGUUUGUUGCAUGGCGGCGGACACAAAGAGCUGAGGACCGAGCGCAGACCGUCACACCGCAGCUGCACCGCCGGGACACGAGCAGCGGACGCGGCCCGGAGCGAAGCGACCCUCGCCGUGCGCCGCACGCCCCGCAUGCUCCACUCUGAGACGCGCGUCGCGGUUUUUCUCGGGAGAAGUUUGCGGCGAAACUUGGGACGAGUUGAAGGGGGAGUUUGGAGUCGGGAAGGCGGGCGCCGCGCGGAGAUUUCUGGUCGAGAGGGACCGACAAAAUGCGGAUUGCGAUCCGGGCCGUGCUGGCCUGGACCUGCGUGGCCGCCGUGUGCGUGCGCGCUGCCAUGGACGAGUGCUCGGACGACCAGGGCCGGCCGCAGCGCUGCAUGCCCGAGUUCGUGAACGCCGCGUUCAACGUGACGGUGGUGGCCACCAACACCUGCGGCUCCCCGCCCGAGGAGUACUGCGUGCAGACCGGCGCCACCGGGGUCACCAAGUCCUGCCACAUCUGCGACGCCCGGGACCCCCGGAACCACCACAGCGCCGUGUACCUGACCGACUACAACAACCAGCAGGAGACCACCUGGUGGCAGAGCCAGACCAUGCUGGCCGGGAUCCAGUACCCCAACUCCAUCAACCUCACCCUGCACCUCGGGAAGGCCUUCGACAUCACCUACGUGCGACUCAAGUUCCACACCAGCCGGCCGGAGAGCUUCGCCAUCUACAAGCGGAUGCGCGAGGGCGGCCCCUGGAUUCCCUACCAGUACUACAGCGGCUCCUGCGAGAAGACCUACCAGAAGUCCAACCACGGCUUCAUCUACACCGGCCAGGACGAGCAGCAGGCGCUCUGCACCGACGACUUCAGCGACAUCUCGCCGCUCACCGGCGGAAACGUGGCCUUCUCCACGCUGGAGGGACGGCCCAGCGCCUACAACUUCGACAACAGCCCCGUCCUGCAGGACUGGGUGACGGCCACAGACAUCAGAGUGACCUUGAACAGGCUCAACACGUUCGGAGACGAAGUUUUCAACGACCCCAAGGUCCUGAAGUCCUACUACUACGCCAUCUCUGACUUCGCUGUGGGUGGAAGGUGUAAGUGUAACGGCCACGCCAGCGCGUGCGUGAAGAACGGCGCCGGGCGGCUCGUCUGCAGCUGCAAACACAACACGGAGGGCGACGACUGCAACGUGUGCAAGGCCUUCUACAACGACCGGCCCUGGAGGAGGGCGACGGCCGACAACGCCAACGAGUGUCUGCCCUGCGACUGCAACGGGAAGAGCGCCGAGUGUUACUUCGACGCCGAGCUGUACCGGGCCACGGGCCACGGAGGUCACUGCAGGAACUGCGCCGACAACACGGACGGGCCGAACUGCGAGCGCUGCCUGGACAACUACUACAGAGAGCAGAGCGGCGGCCGCUGCCUGCCCUGCGGCUGCAACUCCGUGGGCUCCGAGUCUCCUCAGUGUGACAGCAGAGGCAUGUGUGCAUGUAAACCCGGAGUGGCUGGAGACAAGUGUGACCGCUGUCAGCCGGGAUACCACAGCCUGACAGAAGCCGGCUGCAGGCCGUGUUCCUGCUCGCCGUCGGGCAGCACGCAGGAGUGUGACGUCGCCACGGGUCAGUGUCGCUGCAAAGACAACGUGGAGGGCUUCAGCUGCGACAGGUGCAAACUGGGAUACUUCAACUUGGAUCCCAACAACCCUCAGGGCUGCACGCCCUGCUUCUGCUUCCAGCACUCGUCCGUGUGCGACAGCGCCGACGGCUACAGCGUCUACACCAUCAGCUCCUCCUUCGACAGAGAUGAUGAGCAGUGGAAGGCUCUCGGACAUGAUGGAGCCAGCAGCUCCGUCCAGUGGUCCCCCAGCAGCCAGGAGGUCUCCCUCAUCUCAGAUGACUACUUCCCCAUGUACUUUGUGGCACCAGAGAAGUACCUGGGGAACCGGCUGCUGAGCUACGGUCAGAACCUGACGAUGAAGUUCCGGGUGGAGCGUCGGGACGCCCGCCUGUCGGCCGAGGAUCUGGUUCUGGAGGGAUCCGAGCUGCGGGUGGCCGUCCCCCUCAUCGCCCAGGGCAACGCCUACCCCAACGAGGACAAGCAGACCUACGUGUUCAGGCUCCGGGACAGCUCCGACUAUCCGUGGACGCCGCCCAUCAGCCACGCCGACUUCCAGAAACUUCUCCACAACCUGACGUCCAUUAAGAUCCGCGGCACCUACAGCGAGAGAAGCGCCGGUUACCUGGACGAGGUCUCCUUGGUGACGGCCAGACGGGGUCCGGGGGCGCCGGCCCGUUGGGUGGAGCAGUGCACCUGCCCUCAGGGUUACCAGGGGCAGCACUGUGAGCAGUGCACCGUGGGAUACCGCCGGGCCCGGCCCGAGCUCGGCGCCUUCAGCCCCUGUGAGGCCUGCAACUGCAACCGGCACAGCGACGCCUGCAACCCGGACACCGGAGCUUGUGACUGUCAGCACAACACGGCCGGGUUGAGCUGCGAGCGCUGUAAGGAUGGUUUCUACGGCGACGCCACCCAGGGGACGUCGUCCGACUGUAAGCCGUGUCCGUGUCCUGCCGGGGCCACCUGCGCCGUCGUCCCCAAAGUCCGCGAGGUGGUGUGCACCAACUGUCCGGCCGGAACCACAGGGAAGCGCUGCGAGCUCUGCGACGACGGCUUCUUCGGGGACCCGCUGGGUCAGAACGGCCCCGUGCGGACCUGCCGGGCCUGCAAAUGCAGCGACAACAUCGACCCCAACGCUGUCGGCAACUGCAACCGCGAGACCGGAGAGUGCCUGAAAUGCAUCUACAACACGGCCGGCUUCUUCUGCGACCGCUGCAAGGAGGGUUUCUACGGAAACGCCCUGGCCGCUAACGUCGCAGACAAGUGUAAAGCCUGCUCCUGCUCUCGCCUGGGGACGGUGGAUCGGCAGACCAGCUGCUCUCAGGUCACCGGUCAGUGCCAGUGCCUUCCCAACGUGGCAGAACGUGACUGCAGCGCCUGCCAGCCCGGCUUCUUCAACCUGCAGAGCGGCAACGGCUGCGAACGAUGCAGCUGUCAUCCCAUUGGCUCCACCAACGGUCAGUGUGAUAUCACCACGGGCCAGUGCGAGUGCCAGCCCGGCGUCACUGGACUGCACUGCGAACGCUGCGAGGCCAACUUCUUCGGCUUCAGCUCAUCCGGAUGCAAACCCUGUGACUGCGACCCCGAGGGCUCGCAGUCCGGUCAGUGUAAGGAGGACGGCCGCUGCGAGUGUCGCCCCGGCUUCGUGGGAUCUCGAUGCGACAUGUGUGAGGAGAACUACUUCUACAACCGCUCGGUGCCCGGCUGCCAGCAGUGUCCGUCCUGCUACGGCCUGGUUCGGGACAAGGUGAACCAGCAGAGGCAGAAGCUUCACGACUUGCAGACCCUCAUCGACAACCUGGGCUCGGGUCAGGACACGGUCAGCGACAAGGCCUUCGAGGACCGGCUGAAGGAGGCGGAGCGAGCCAUCAUGGAGCUGCUGGACGAGGCUCAGACCAGCAAAGACGUGGACCGAGGCCUGCUGGACCGCCUGAACACCAUCAACAGCACUCUGACCACGCAGUGGAACCGACUGCAGAGCAUCCGCAACACGGUGGACGACACGGGCACGCAGGCCGACCGCGCCCGCGCCCGCGUGCGCGACGCCGAGAGCCUGAUCGACCGGGCCCGGCAGGAGCUGGACAAGGCCAAGGACGCCGUCGGCAAAGUGAACAUCAAGCCCCCGGGCGGCACCGGAGAGCCCAACAACAUGACGCUGCUGGCCGAGGAGGCUCGCACGCUGGCCAACAAGCACAAGAUGGAUGCAGACCAGAUCGAGAAGAUCGCCAAGGACGCCAACGACACGUCGACCAAAGCGUACAACCUGCUGCUCAAGACGCUGGACGGCGAGGGAAAGACGAGCCAGGAGAUCGACGAGCUCAACAAGAAGUACAACGAAGCAAAGGAGCUGGCAAAGAAUCUGGAGAAACAGGCCAACAAGGUUCAGGCCGAGGCUGAAGAGGCCGGAAACAAAGCCCUGAAGAUCUACGCCAACCUGACGAGCCUGCCGCCCUUCGACACCAAGGCCCUGGAGGACGAGGCCGGAAAGAUCAAAAAGGAGGCGUCGGACCUCGACAACCUGAUCGAUAAGACUGAGAAGCAGUACAACGACCUCCGAGAAGACCUGAAGCCCAAAGAGCUGGAGGUCCGCAAACUGCUGGAGAAAGGCAAGAGUGAGCAGCAGACUGCAGAUCAGCUAUUGGCUCGAGCUGACGCUGCCAAGGCUAUCGCAGAGGAGGCGGCGAAGAAAGGCCAGUCCACCUUCAGAGAGGCGGAGAGCAUCCUGGACAACCUCCGAGAUUUCGACCGGAGGGUCAACGACAACAAGACCGCCGCCGAAGAAGCCCUGAAGAAGAUCCCCGCCAUCAACGCCACCAUCAUGGCUGCCAAUGAGAAGACCCGGCAGGCAGAGGCCGCCCUCGGCAACGCCGCCGCCGACGCCCGAGAGGCCAAGAACAAGGCGGAGGAGGCGGAGAAGAUCGCCAGCAACGUCCAGAAGGGAUCCGCCAAGACCAAGGAGGACGCCGAGAAGGCCUUCGAGGACACCAGCAAGCUGGACAACGAGGUCAGCGACAUGAUGGACCAGCUGGACACCGCCGAGCAGGAGCUGGCCAGGAAGAAGGCCGAAGCGGACCAGGACAUGAUGAUGGCGGCAAUGGCGUCGGACAGCGCGAAGGAAGCCGAAGACAACGCACGCAAGGCGAAGAGCAUGGUGAAGACGGUCCUGAAGGUCAUCACGAGCCUGAUGGACCAGCUGGGAAACAUCGACAAGGUGGACCUGAGCAAACUGAACCAGAUCGACGAGUCGCUGAAGAGGGCCAAGGGCAAGAUGGCCGACAGCGAGCUGGACAAGAAGCUGGCGGAGCUGAACGACGUGGCGCGGACGCAGGAGGAGAUGAUCAACGACUACGACCGGCAGAUCCGCGAGAUCCGCGCCGACAUCGCCAACCUCAACGACAUCAAGAACACGUUACCCGACGGCUGCUUCAACACGCCGUCCCUGGAGCGGCCUUAGCCCCGCCCUCCGCCCAUCCGGCCCGCCCCCGACACUCCUGCCCCGUCAGCUAACACUCGGCCAGCACGCCGAAUUUUACCAAAACGUUUUUUUUUUUUAAUUUUUCUUACUCAAGAGAGAAGCCAAUACUUUAAACCACGUUCACAACAUCGAAGCAGCCGUUUCUCGUUUUGUCCUUUUGGUUUGUUUUUUGUUUUGUUUUGUUUUUGUGGUGUUUUUUUUUUUUGUCUUUUAGACGAAGUAGCGUGGUUACGGUCGAACGAACUCAGCGGUGUGGAGAAGCCGUGCAGAGAAAACCACAAACCACAAACCCGUCGUGACUGCAGCCGCCGCAGGAGGAAGCUCACUCACGCCUCCGGGAAGCUCCGCCCCCUCCACCCUGUCCCGUCCCGUCACGCCUGGGGGACAUCUCACACUCUCGGCUCGCUCAACGCAACUCUCUCCCGUCAUUUUCCACUUUUCAGAAAACACAGUGAAGGAAUCCUCCCGUCUUUCCUCCCGGAGCUCGGCGCCCGGCAGGUUUCCGCUCCUCCCUCCUACCGACAGUAUUUCCACCUCCGGCAGGGUUUCCUGUUUGUGGAGCAAACUGCCCAUUCUGAAGUCCAUGAAAGAAAAAAAACCUUACAUUUGUCUGCAAGGUUUCCCACAGAAUGCAGAUGGAUGAAUGGAUGAAUGGAUGCUGUGGGCGUGGCUCCUCCUGGGGGCGGGACCGUUCAGUCAGGGAUCCACCAGCGACAGAGGCAUCACGAAACAUCUGGAAACCUACAAAUUAUUCAGUUUCAGGCUGAAAUCAUGAAAAACCAUCUUAUGAAAUUGUCCCUAAAGCUUUUCCAUUGAUGUCUCGAGAUGCGUCUGUACGCGCCCCCCCCCCCCCCCCCCCCCCCCCCCGACACCUGAGCCCCCCCCGGCCUCCGCACACAGCAGACCCUGUGACUUCCUGUCUGCAGUAACAUCUGGACAUCUGCACAUACUGUACGUCGCCGCCGAUCCUCCAUGCUCUCACUCAAAGAUUGUAAAGUCCAAGUUUCUGCACCUCCUUGUGUGGACUGAAGGAGGCCAGUCCUGAGUCGGGCCGGGUCGUUUCCCAUCAUGCCCAGCUGCAGCAGCCACAUCUCCUGUCCUCUGUUCUCCGGAGUUUAUUAUGCAAGCUGGAGGCGAGGCAGCCGCUGCCUUCCUCUUGGAAAUCUGCAUCACUGGAAGCGUUGAUCAGAUCAAAGAUCAGAUCUGUCGUCUGGAUCCUGAGGGCGUUUCAUUUCCACGAACGCGCCAGCAGCUCCCGCAGGACCGGCACCUCACCGCGCCGUUCCCAGAAUCCACGGUUUGAGGGGAACUCUGCGUCCGCGCCUUGUUGCUUUUGUGGGACAGCAAUGUGCCGGAGGAUCCGAGAAUCUCCCCGAGGACUUCCGGGCCGGAGCCUUUCCCCGUGCUCACGCUGUAACACUCCGCUCGUCGUCUCCGUCUCGUCGUCCCACAAGUCGCUGCUUUCCACUGGUGUUUUUCACACAUUAACACGUUUCUUCCAGGCUCAAUCAACACUAUGCAACUUUGUACAUUUUGCGUAGCGAGAAUUUUAUCUGAUACACUGGUGCUAAUAAUUAUUUCAAAUGUUAUAUUUUUGUGUGAAUGUUUUUUAUUAUGACAUAGAGUGAGAAAUGUGUUAUUUGUGUAAAUAUAUGCGUAAAUGAUUCAGGACUGGCUGCUUGGAGACCUCCAACACGCCAACAGCCACGUUGAGUUCGAUCACAAUCAUUCAACUGAAACCUCCAGGUUAAAUAUAUAUAUAAAUAUCUAUGAUAACGUCUGUGGUAUGUUAUUAUAAUAUGCUUGCUUGUAUACAAGGCUCCGUGUUGCUGCCUUAUAGCGAUGCCAUUAUUUCAUCUGUGUUUUAUUGAUUCUUUGUGGGCUUUUCACAGUUUAAAUCGACCCUAACUGAAUUUUGUUUUUGUUUAGUUUCUUUGAUCCUUUUUACCAAUCAGGACGAUUUGAAGCCAGUCUCGAGGUCAGCUUUUAAAUAGUGAUUUGUGCCUUAAUGCUAAAGUUUGGCUGGAGUCGUGGCCUCCUCGGCAACACAGAAGUACACAACACAACCCUCACCUUUUUUAGAUUUUUAAUCCUCAAAGAAAGUCUCCAGAACUGUAUGUGAAGAUGGACGACGUGCACGUUUGUUUCUUAUUUUUAUUUUUAGGCCAAAAGUGAUUCUGUUCCCUCCACUCUGCAUUGUUUUUGAGAUUGCUUGUGAAAAUAAAGUGACUGAAAACAAACCUCUCACGAAGUUUGGAGCUAAAAUGCAAUCUGCUGAUGUACAAACGCUAACGUCACGCCCGAAACUGCAGCUAUCGUAUGAAUGGAUGAACCUGCAUGUGGGGCAAGAAACAAAGAGGAAGACGAGAAGAGUUACCGAUAUUUUAAAGGCCAAAUGAAGCUCAGCUUUUAGAUUUAUGAAGAAUGUUGUCAGUUUAUCAGAAGAUGCUCCAUUUCCUAACUUCCUGAGCAGAGCUGAACGAAUCGCCUGCAACCGAGGAAAAACUGCAUCAGAACAGUUUAGGCUCGCAGAUCAGUGCGCCGCCAUCUUGAAACAGUCUUCAGCUGCCUGAGUCCAUCUGAAGUGGCCGUGACGGUCGGAGCCAUCCCUCCCUCCGUCCAUCCCUCCCUCCCUCCAUCCCUCAAUCAAUCAAUUAAUCAAACCCAAUCUGAAAGGUUUUUUUCUUUUUUUUAAAUGGAGUCCAUCUUCAUGUACAGUGUUUGUGUUGAAUCCUCCCUCCAUGCAGACGGUCGCUCUGCAGGCUGCGCGGCUCACACAACACACACACACACACACACACACACACACACACACACACACAC